AUGACACAGGAUUACGGAAACGGAGGGACAGUCUGUGUGUGCGAUGAAAGCCAUUGCGACGACUUGGAGGCCAUUCACAGGACUCACAAACAGGUCGUCACUGUUUACGAGUCCUCUAAAAGUGGAUUUGGGGGCGCCUUCACAGACGCCGCCGGUAUUAACAUUAAAAGUUUGCCACAAAUACUGCAAAAGCGGUUAAUUGAGGACUAUUUCGGGGAAACGGGUAUUGAGUAUACAUUGGGUCGGAUACCGAUCGGGGGCUCAGACUUCUCCACACAUGCCUAUAGUUAUGACGAUAACUAUAAAAACGACUUUGAAUUAAAACACUUUAAUCUAAUGAAAGAGGAUUUUGAUGAUAAGAUACCGUUAAUUAAAGCAGCUAAGCAAGUGAGCAAGCACGAUUUGCGACUGUUUGGAAGCCCGUGGUCAGCACCAGCCUGGAUGAAAAACAAUUCAGAGUUAAACCAUGGUGGUUAUCUAAUUGGCAAACCGGGUGGUGAAUACUAUAAGACAUACGCUAAAUAUUUAGUCAAAUUUUUGGACUCGUAUAAAGCACAGGGCAUACCAUUAUGGGGUAUUACCGUAGAGAACGAGCCCAUGAUUGCCGUAUAUAUGGGAAAACAGCAUCCAUUCAAUAGUAUGGCAUUCACUCCCGAACUGCAACGAGAUUUCCUGAAACUAGAUUUGGGUCCCAUUAUGUCUGCCGCCGGUUAUGGGCCUAACGUUACCCGAGUUAUGGUUUGCGACGAUAACAGACCCUUCAUUGCCAACUGGUCUGACAUCAUAUACCGGGACAAAGAGGCGGCCCAAUACGUGUCCGGAAUGGCCUUUCACUGGUAUAUUAACAAUGAAAGCAAUGUGGUCAAUCUGGACACUGUACACAAUCAGGAUCCGAGCAAGUUUAUUAUAAGCACCGAGGCGUGUGAAAUGUGGUUAAAUAUGGAUCAACGCGUUUAUUUGGGAAGUUGGCAAUUAUUUGAGAGAUACGCCACUGACAUAAUUACGGAUUUGAAUCAUUGGGUCGGGGGUUGGGUUGACUGGAACCUGGCUCUGGAUAUUGGUGGUGGACCCAAUUGGGUGGAUAACUUUGUGGACGCGCCGAUUAUAGUGAACGCUACGGCCCGGGAGUACUACAAACAGCCGUCGUUUUACUCGAUCGCACACUUCAGUAAAUUCCUUCCGCCCGGCGCUCAACGCCUGAACCAUACGCUCGCAGUCGACGGCCCGACAGAUGCGGACACUCUGUUGACCACCAGUUUUGUCCGCACAGACGGCGGGACAGUUGUCGUCGCACUCAAUGAGUGUCGCCGACAUUGA